AUGUUAUGCCCCUUGGCACUAGGGAAGGGAAAGCGCGCGGCCGGGGCUGGUAGCGCAUUGACCCGAAGGGGAUUUAGAGGGAAGGGAGCGGCCGGCACCGGGGGCUUUGUCCGGGGCGACCAGAGAGGGCGAGGCACGAGAAUAAGGACAGGCCGCGUCCUGAAAGGCCGCACGGAGGCGGCGGCGCUGCUGCUCUUGACUUCUGAGCGGGGCUUAGAGAGCCUGCCCCGGCUUAAGCCGGACCCGGUGCCGGGCCCUGAGCGCCCAGCCUGCGGGCUCACAGCCCCCGGGCUCGGAGCUGCGGAGCCGCGGGAUGGGGAGGGCACACGGGUGGCCAGGGACCUGGCCAAGUUGCCCUGUGCUCUACAGCUGCCUGACGCUAGUGCAGAGCGGCGUGCGAGCUGGCCCGGCCGCGUCGGGCCAGGCCCGAGAAAGACUUUUCUUUUUCCAACUUUGUCUUUUGGUUUUGUCUCCAGUUCGAGCAGCUCCGGAGCCUGCCGACCCCAAAGGGAGUCUCAACAGGUGGCCGGCGUCCACUUGCUGACACACCUUGGGAAGAGACUGCAACAGAGAGAAGUGAAGAAGGAGACCACACUCCUGAACCCAACGUUCUCACCUCCAAAGGCGACUUCACCCACGGAGAGCCCAGGCUUCCAGCCACAGCCCAACGGUGCCGCCCGCCGCCCGCCCGAGAGGAGGUGCUCCGACGGCAAAAAUCCCAUACAUUUUUAACUACAGUGAUUACUAAAUUAAUAGCAGGCACUAAGACAGAUGUCAAAACGUCUUGAAAAUGUUUAUCUGUGAAUAAUUGAGAAGGUGGUGGGACGCAUUAUCUGAUUGUGUAAUGAAAUAUGUAUGAGGAACAGCUGUUUGCAACAGCCCCCUCCCGCCCCCUCCUCUGCUGGGGCCCUUCUCUUCCAGGCGGGAGUCGCGGCGAAGCUGGUCGCCCGCGUCUGUCCGCUUGGAACCCGCUCUGCCCCUCCGGGGCCGCUGCAGAGCUGGGCUCCAGCGCGCCCCAGAGUCACCCGCUUUCCAGAUAGAGGACAUCGUCGGCAUGGAGUCGCCCCCAGCCACGCUCUUUCGGCUUUGGAGGCGGCGUGAGGCUUGGCUGCCCUUCGAGCCUUCGGGGUGGGCCGCGGACUUGGCCUGAGACGCCCAAGGAAAGCCGGGCCGGGGGCGGCGGAGGCCGGGAGCCCGGGGGCGCCCGCCGGGCGGGGCAGCCUGCUCGCUGGAGAGGGCCUGGGGCUGCGCAACUCAUCGGGGCGGGCCUGGGGUCACCGUGGGGCGACCGGGCUCCCCUGCGGGCUUUGUUCCCCGCCCGG